UCCACUAGUGGCGCUUGGCUGGCCUUACGGUAUCGGCACACUUACAGAUUACAUCUCAUUUUCUAGAGGUGAGGCAGUCUGGUCAAAGGUUCUGACAUUGCUUGCUUAGGAAGCUGUAGAGUGAGUGAAGGCCGGUAAGGUCAGGUAUACACAUGCUUGAAUAAGAUGUAAGGUUACGACACCUGAAACCUACCCGCGCACCACCUAUAUUUACAAACAGUCAACAUUCUCGACCCCACGGGUCAACAGAAGCCGACCUUUCCCUACCUUCCUCUCCCCUUUCCCCCUGUACACCGGCAAAUGCCAGGGAUGGCCCUGGUUGCCCCACCCACCUCGGUCUGGAGGGAUCCGAACCUUCUCGCCUCCUCCUCCAACAUCCUCCCGUCGAUGUCCAUGGCCAUGUCCAUGUCCAAUCAGUCCUUGGGUGGGUUGUCCCCCACUGCACCCCUGGAUGGGUCUCCCUCCCCCCUUGGCAACAACAACAACAACAACAACACUACACCUAUCCCUUGUAGUGAUGCGUCUCAGCAGAGCUCCGACUCUGAAACUAUUGCAGCUAAGGAUGAGAACGGUCAGGAGAUAUCAUGUGUUGUCUGCGGAGAUAAAUCCAGUGGAAAACAUUAUGGACAGUUCACAUGUGAAGGGUGUAAGAGCUUCUUCAAGAGAUCUGUGAGACGGAACCUGACCUAUCAGUGCAGAGGAAACAAGAACUGUCCAGUAGAUCAACAUCAUAGGAACCAGUGUCAGCACUGUAGGCUCAAGAAAUGCUUCAAAAUGGGAAUGAAACGUGAGGCUGUUCAGCGUGGACGGGUUCCUCCAACACAGGGAAUGCUUGGGUUCGGGUUCGGACCAGAUCCGUUCGGCGGAGCAACCUAUCUUUCAUCCUAUAUAUCCCUACUACUCCGAGCUGAACCCUAUGCAACUAGAUAUGGACAAAUCCAGAUGGCGUCUAAUAAUAUGAUCGGGAUUGAUAAUAUCUGUGAGUUCGCAGCUCGUAUCCUUUUCUCCGCUGUAGAAUGGUCUCGGAAUAUCCCUGGGUUCCCGGAGCUCCAGGUUACAGAUCAGGUUGCACUACUCAGAUUAGUCUGGUCAGAACUAUUUGUACUCAAUGCUGCUCAGUGUAACAUGCCGCUACAUAUUGCUCCGCUCCUGGCUGCUGCAGGAUUACAUGCUGCUCCUAUGGCAGCUGACCGGGUUGUAGCUUUUAUGGAUCACAUUAGAAUAUUUCAAGAACAGGUUGAGAAGCUAAAAUCUCUUCAUGUUGAUGCUGCUGAAUAUUCUUGUAUGAAGGCGAUAGUUCUCUUUACUACAGAUGCUAUUGGUCUAUCGGAUGCAUCAAUAGUGGAACAGUUACAGGAAAAAUCUCAGUGUGCUCUGGAGGAGUACUGUAGAACCCAGUAUCCUAAUCAACCCACCAGGUUCGGAAAACUUCUCCUACGUCUCCCCUCCUUGAGAACUGUAUCCGCCUCUGUGAUAGAACAACUAUUCUUUGUGAGAUUAGUUGGGAAAACUCCGAUAGAAACCUUGAUCAGGGAUAUGCUCCUCUCAGGGAACACCUUCCAGUGGCCCAGCAUGACGACUGGAUACUCAAUGUGACACAACGCCCUGCUCCGGCAGGUCUCAGGGAUGCUUCCAUGAUAUUCGGCCCCAUCGCCGUUUCUUCUUCCCCCUCUCGGUAAAACCUCUCCAGUUCUUAUAGGGAAAUCCUCCCCACCCCUCUCACAAUCCCCCUCACCUACAUCCUGAGGAUCAUCCCUGGCAUUGAGUCACGUGGUUCAUCUUGUCAUAAAAUCCUAGUUCGGAGAGAACAAGAAACCUGGUGUGCAAAGAGAAGAAAUCACACGAGGAUUCAAAGUUCCAAACCUGCAACUCAUGCUGGAUACAUUACUAGGAUCAUCUUUCAAGAGGAUACAAACCCGUGGCGCUGAUUCUGCCUUGUUGAACUGAAUAUAUUGAGAAUGACUGGUGAGAAAGGGAACACCCAGACCACGGCGAGGCCACGUUGAUAUUUCUGAAACUAAAUGUCGUCUUCCUUGCGAUAACACGAGUUGCACUCGAACGAUACCAAAGAUUUGUUCAAGUCAAAUACAAAGUGUUUGAAGA